AUGUCGACGCCACGCUUGCGUUCCGUUUCACGGCAGCGGAUCAUACGAGCAUGGCGCGCUGCUAGUGUAGCAACAUUUUACCGCAAGAGCUUGGAUCGACGUUGGACGCGACCAUCACUACCCAAGCCUCUCUCAGAAGACACUGAGCUCGGUACACCUACCAAGUUGGAAAAGCUCCUAUGUUAG